CCGCCACCGCCAUCCGCGCGCCCUGCCUUCGGUCUCCGGUCCCCGCACCCGGGCUCCGCCGCGGCCAGCACCAUGUCGGGUAUCAAGAAGCAGAAGACGGACAAUCAGCAAAAAUCCACCAAUGUGGUCUAUCAAGCCCACCACGUGAGCAGGAAUAAGAGAGGGCAGGUGGUUGGAACAAGGGGUGGAUUUCGAGGAUGUACCGUGUGGCUGACAGGUCUCUCUGGUGCUGGAAAAACAACAAUAAGUUUUGCUCUGGAAGAGUACCUCGUCUCCCAUGCCAUUCCUUGUUAUUCCUUGGAUGGAGACAAUGUCCGUCAUGGCCUUAAUAAAAAUCUUGGAUUCUCUCCUGGGGAUCGAGAAGAAAAUAUUCGACGGAUUGCCGAGGUGGCCAAGCUGUUUGCUGAUGCUGGUCUGGUCUGCAUUACCAGCUUCAUUUCUCCAUUUACAAAGGAUCGUGAGAAUGCCCGCAAAAUCCACGAAUCAGCAGGACUGCCAUUCUUUGAAAUAUUUGUAGAUGCGCCUCUCAAUAUUUGUGAAAGCCGAGAUGUAAAAGGCCUUUACAAACGGGCCAGAGCUGGGGAGAUUAAAGGAUUUACAGGUAUUGAUUCUGAUUAUGAGAAACCUGAAACUCCUGAGUGUGUCCUUAAAACCAACUUGUCUUCAGUGAGUGACUGUGUCCAACAGGUGGUAGAGCUUCUCCAGGAGCAGAACAUUGUACCCCAUACUAUAAUCAAAGGCAUCCACGAACUCUUUGUGCCAGAAAACAAACUUGACCAUGUCCGAGCUGAGGCUGAGACUCUGCCAUCAUUGUCAAUCACCAAGCUGGACCUGCAGUGGGUCCAAGUUCUCAGUGAAGGCUGGGCCACUCCCCUGAAGGGCUUCAUGAGGGAGAAGGAGUACUUGCAGGUGAUCCACUUUGACACACUUCUAGAUGGCGUGGUCCUUCUUGACGGAGUGAUCAACAUGAGCAUCCCCAUCGUGCUGCCCAUCUCUGCAGACGACAAGGCAAGGCUGGAGGGGUGCAGUGAGUUUGUCCUGACCUACGGUGGGCAGAAGGUGGCUAUCUUACAAGACCCUGAAUUCUACGAGCAUCGGAAGGAAGAGCGUUGUUCUCGGGUGUGGGGCACAACGUGUGUAAAGCACCCCCAUAUCAAAAUGGUGAUGGAAAGUGGGGAUUGGCUGGUUGGUGGAGAUCUUCAGGUCUUCGAGAGAAUAAGGUGGAAUGAUGGCCUGGACCAAUACCGCCUGACACCUCUGGAGCUCAAGCAGAAAUGUAAAGAAAUGAAUUCUGAUGCUGUGUUUGCAUUCCAGCUGCGCAAUCCUGUCCACAAUGGCCAUGCUCUGUUGAUGCAGGACACCCGCCGCCGGCUCCUGGAGAGGGGCUAUAAGCACCCAGUCCUCCUGCUACAUCCUCUUGGGGGCUGGACCAAAGAUGAUGAUGUUCCUCUUGACUGGAGGAUGAAGCAGCACGCAGCUGUGCUGGAGGAAGGGGUUUUAGAUCCCAAGUCAACCAUUGUUGCCAUCUUCCCAUCUCCCAUGUUAUAUGCGGGGCCAACUGAGGUCCAAUGGCACUGCAGAUGUCGAAUGAUUGCAGGGGCCAAUUUCUACAUUGUAGGCAGGGAUCCUGCAGGAAUGCCUCACCCUGAGACCAAGAAGGACCUGUAUGAAGCCACCCAUGGGGGCAAGGUCUUGAGCAUGGCCCCUGGCCUCACCUCUGUAGAAAUCAUUCCAUUCCGAGUGGCUGCCUACAAUAAAACUAAAAAAGCCAUGGACUUCUAUGAUCCAGCAAGGCAUGAAGAGUUUGACUUCAUCUCAGGAACUCGUAUGAGGAAGCUCGCCAGGGAAGGAGAAAAUCCUCCAGAUGGUUUCAUGGCCCCCAAAGCAUGGAAGGUCCUGACAGAUUACUACCGAUCCCUGGAAAAGAUCAACUAGAUGCCCGUUGGCUCCACAAGUCUUUUUCUAAAGUGCUCUUUGAUUACCUUUCUAUUUUUGGAAUCUUCGAUGCUUUCUAUCCAAUUGCUUCUCAAUGGCUGAUUUUAAAAUUAUAUUUUGUAAUGGAGCUGAAAAUUGUCCCUAUAAUUUAAAAUCAACUUCUUUAUAUAUAUUAAAGGCCAACUGAAGACUCAAUGUUAGCAGGAAAAAGCAAUAUUACUAUACAUUUUAGAAUGAAAUUCUCUCUUCCCUGCAUUUAAGCAAGUAAAUCCCAGAUUUCUUCACUUAACCUCAUGCCAGAAAGCAAAUCAUAUUUGGCAGCUUAAUCUUGCCAACCUUCAAUCCCAGUAUCAUGUACCAGUAGUAAAACAUAAACAGCCCCUCAACUAAAUGACAUGUGGCUUGUGUCAAGAUUCUCGCUAAUCUUUUACUUCAUGAGUGUUAAUAGCCUUACUUCCCAACAUCCUGAGUGUUGAAGACCUGACUGGAGAAAUCAAAUGUGUGAUGUGAAUUUAAUCUAUGCAACCUACUUCUGCCACAAAAGUUAAUCUAACAGCGAGAGAAGUCUUAAUAGCCUGUGAAUAGUAACUCCAUUUAAAUGGUGACUUUUAAUAGUGUAGAGUGCUUAAUGAUAGGAUUUGGCCAUGUCAGGGAAAGUCACUUUCCCUUCCUUUGCUGUGGUCAUUGUACAAGUCCCUCAGAGGCUGCAUCAGCAGCCACUCUGACCACAAGAAAUUCACACAAAAGGACCCAGAACAUAUGGAAUGCAAAUUUCUCUUUUCAGUAGUGAACAGAGAUGACAUAACAAACACAAAAUUAAGAUUUCCAAGUACUGGUGGCACUGAGUGCCCAGGCCACUCAACUCCCAGACCAAACAACACAAGAGCUGGUUCUGAUUCCUAACUACUUAACAAAACUAGACCGGGAGGUGGGGGUGAGGGUGUAAUUAAAAAGCAGCAUAUUUGCCAAGCACUGGUGGGUGACUCCUGUUAUCCCAGCUUCUUAAGAGGCUGAGUUCUGAGGAUCAG